AUACCAUCCCAUACCAUAUUGCACUAAAAUUUCCGACAUUUCGGUAGUGCGUUUGUUAAUUUAUAUUAUUGACUGUCUGAAUAAUCUAUUCUGAGCUGAAAGUUUGUUACACCUUAGAGUAAUCUUAAGAGCCAUGGAUUCUCUAGUAGGCUACGGGAGUGACGAUGAGCACGAAAACGAUCGCUAUGGUGGUCAUCACUCAUCGGGCGUGGGGCGGCGGCGCGAGGACGACACCAACUACGAAGAAGUGAACAUGGACAUGAGCGAGGACUCGCAGCAGGAGUCGGAGCCCGAGCUGCCGCAGGCGGAGCGCCCGAACGACCGGGGCUCCGGUAAGGCCGACAGUCGUGAUCGCGAAAGAUCACGUGGCAGCUCGCGUGACCGCCGAGAUCGCCGGCGCGAGUCCCCGCGGCGUGACCGCGAGCGUGACCGCCGGUCACCCCGGCGUGACGACAGAUCAAACAGAGCGGACAGACCAGAGCGCAGCCGCUACGAAGGCUCACGUCGCGGGCUGCUUGGCGACAGACCCGAUGACAGGCCGGACAAGCCGCCGGCGCUCAUGGACCUGAAGUUCGGCGACGGAGCCCCGGCGCCGCGCUCGCUGGACGCCCGAGACGCCGUGUCGCCCAGAUUUGUUGAUCGCGAUCGUCGCGACCGAGACAGAGGAUCGCGAGAGCGCGAGCGUGACAGAGACAACAGAGAGGGUCGCUACAGAGACCGUCGUGAUGAGGACAGAAGGUCCCGCGAGCCCCGCGAGGCGCGCGACGCCCGCGAGCGCCACGACGAGCGGCCGCGGCCGCGCCCCGGGGCCGCCUUCCCCCCGCCGCCGCAACAUGUAGCCGGGAGCUCCGGGUACAGCGAGCGUCGCGGCGACGGCGACUACAAACCUUCUUCGUUCAAGGUCAACAGGAAACUGGAGGUUAUGGAGAAAAUGGGGCUGCAGAUCAAGACCCCGGACGGGUCGAUGGCGACGGCGCAGCAGCUGCGCGCGGCCGCGCACGAGCCCGGCGCGCCCGCGCCGCUGCCCUCCUACUACAACCCGCAGGCGCCCUCCAACAAGAUCCUCGACCAGCAGCUGCGCGCGGCCGCGCACGAGCCCGGCGCGCCCGCGCCGCUGCCCUCCUACUACAACCCGCAGGCGCCCUCCAACAAGAUCCUCGACCAGCAGCUGCGCGCGGCCGCGCACGAGCCCGGCGCGCCCGCGCCGCUGCCCUCCUACUACAACCCGCAGGCGCCCUCCAACAAGAUCCUCGACCAGACCCCGGACGGGUCGAUGGCGACGGCGCAGCAGCUGCGCGCGGCCGCGCACGAGCCCGGCGCGCCCGCGCCGCUGCCCUCCUACUACAACCCGCAGGCGCCCUCCAACAAGAUCCUCGACCAGGUGGCGAAACGCAAGCUGCUAUGGGCACACAAGAAAGAAGAAAAGUCUGAAGCCGAGAAGGCGGCGCCCUGGACCGGCACCCGCUUCGCGGCCGACCAGGACGGCAAGCAGGCCUCCAAGUUCAUGCGGCUCAUGGGCAUCAGAGACCCCGACGCGGUCAAACAAGAGGUCCCAGAGAAGACAGCGGACCCCAUCAAAAAGCAAGAGGAAUUGUUCCAAGCCAUGCAAGCGCAGUACGAGGUGGCGCGCGCCACCACGCACACGAUGCGGGGCGUAGGGCUCGGCUUCCAGCGCGGACAGUACUAGUGCUAGUGCCUCGGGUGAAGGACAAUCUAAUGUGAUGAGUUUGUUAGGAUCAUAGGGCUUGUUCUACGGCAGGAAUGAACUGCCAAUCUUCCCU